GUCUAGUCGUGCUGAAUGCUGUCAGCUUUUGCAUAUGGCCUGCCAUAUAUCACGCGCGCGGUAGUGAAUCUUGCAGCCAAGUCUUUCCUAACGUCAGGUUGGACAGAAGCAUUAUUGCGUUGCACUGUUGGUGUCGUGCUUUUCUACCAUCCGUGGCUUCUUGCAUACUGCCGCUGCAUCAAACUGACCAACGUCGGUGCUCUCUCCACCAUACAACCACUCUGCUUCUUCCUCCCGAAACCUCCUAGUAUACUGUGUCUCCUCCACCGCUCUUGCUUGGCAGUGGCAAAGGAGAUCCUCCCACCGAUGGAGGGGGUGAUGGCGGCGAGCGCCGUGACAGGAGCGAUGAAAACGCUCCUCCCCAAGCUCGUCACCUUGCUGGAGACCAAGUACAAGCUGUGCAGACGUGUGAAGAAGCAGAUCUCCUCCCUGAGAGAUGAGAUGAGAAGCAUGAACGCUCUGCUCGUGAAGAUGGCCGGGGCGGAGAAGCUCGAUGUUCAGCAGAAGGACUGGCGUGACAAGGUGCGUGAGCUAUCAUAUGACAUGGAAGACUGCAUCGACAUCUUCACAAGUGAGCUCGACGGCGGUGAUGCUAAGGCUGGGCGUCUGCGCAGGCUUAGGAAGCUCAAGGCGCGCUUCAAGAUUGCCGUCCGGAUUGAAGAACUCAAGGCUCGGGUGCGGGAAGUAAGCGAUUGCCGCGUUCGGCUUGAGUUUCAUGACCACAGUGGUCGGCCUCAGGACCAUGUGGCCAUUGACCCUCGUGUUACGGCACUCUAUCCCGGACCCAACAGCCUUGUAGGCAUAGAUGGCCCAAAGGAGAUGCUCAUCGAAUUGUUGCAGAAGGAAGAGGAUGCGCAGCAACUUAAAGUGGUAUCUGUUGUUGGAUUUGGAGGCAUGGGCAAGACAACUCUCGUCAAGCAAGUUUAUGAUAGUAUCAAAAGUCAAUUUCACUGCACGGCUUUUAUAUCGAUGUCUCAAAAUCCCAAUAUUAUCGAGAUUUUGCGGAAGAUGGUCAAAGAGUUACUGCACUCUGGGGCUCCAGGAGCUGAUGAGGCAGAACUCAUCGAUAUCCUCCGGACAAAUAUGGAAAACCGAAGCGAGCAUCAAUGGCGAGGGGCGGCGGCCGAGCCACAACCGUCGCCGUCAAGAGCUGCAAUGCAGGUGGAGUUGUUGCAUGGGAACUAGCGACGAGGACAGCCAGCGAGGGCGGGGACUGGCGACGAGGGCGGGGACCGGCGACGACGACGGGCGGCGAGGGCAGGGUCCGGCCGACGACGAGGAAGACCGACGAGGGUGGGGAUUGACGACGGGGACGACCACCGGAGGGGACAGGAGGCGCGGUGCCGUGCUCCCCGAGCGGGAGAUGCGGAUCCAGGCGACUGCCCAAGGAAGAAGAAGUUGGGGGCGAUCUAUUUUUUUACCUGGAUCCAACGGCUGCGUGGCUCAUAUCCGAUGGCCUGGGCUGGACCGGCCGAAAUGCUCGGCCGGUGCGCCGGCGCCUAUAAGCGCCCUAAAAAUUUAUUUAUGUGUGGAUGAACAAAAAAUUUAGUACCACCUCAAAUAAGACUGGAGAUGAACGGACCAAAAAUUCAGAGAAACACACACCUCCCUUUAUUAGUGGUAUAUA